AUGCUUGUAUUCUUUAUUUUCUUCUUUAUUCUUUUCAAUUCAAUUCACUCCUGUCCAUUAACAGAUAAUUACUUAUCCCGUUGUCAUUGUGGGAUAUUAACCAAUGGAGAAUCGUAUAUCAAAUGUGAAGAAAAAGUUCUCGAUCAAAUUCCAACAUUUAAACGUUCAUUUCCUUACGAUGAAUUGAUUCUAUCCAAUAAUAACAUUCGCACAUUACCACGCUCAUCGUUCGAUCAUAUUAAAACCAUACGAAGAAUUAAUUUAGAAAAUAACUCACUUUCAUUCAUCGAUAAUGAUCUUUUACGUUUAUUGGGGAAUUAUCUCGAAGAGCUGAUCUUGACUGGCAAUGAUCAGAUCAAUUCUUUGGAAUUUCUCCUUCGUUAUCCAUUGAAAAACUUACGUGUGCUUAAACUGGACCACUUCGAUCUAAGUCAAGUCAAUUUGGAACGGGUUUUUCUUAAUAUGACACGAUUAGAAGUCAUUUCUCUACGUUCGUGUCAAAUUACAUCUGUGCCAAACCUUCGAAAUGUUCAAACGUUAGAUUUGGAAAGUAAUCAAAUAUCCAAUUCCAUUUCGCUCGCGACUUCGUACGUGUAUUUAAACUUGGCGCGGAAUAUGAUCGCAUCGAUUGACUUGCAAAAGAAUUUCAAUUUGAAAUCUUUGAAUUUAAGCGAAAAUUUGUUAACUUCAUUCGAUUUCGCGAUGCUAGAUGACAAUUUGAGCACUUUGAACUUAAACUCCAAUCGAUUGUUGGCUAUCAAUUUAGUUAAUUUACCGAAAAGUUUGACUUCUCUAUCUAUCAGCAAGAAUUUAAUCAAACAAAUGAAAUUUUCCAAAGAAUCUCCGUCAAAUUUAUCCACAUUAGACUUAAGCUCCAAUCAAAUCCGUACAAUCGAAGAAAAUUCUCUAUUUAAAACCUUAACUUCCCUCAAUCUCGAACAGAAUCCUCUGGAGUGCAAUUGUCAAUUGCAAUGGUUGAAAACUCUCGCUAUCUCUUCCAAACAAAUCAAUGCCAUCACAUGGAAUUGUCUCACUCCAACACCCACCUCUUUCCUUAUAUCAGAUUUUCAAUGCAAAACCAAAUUGAAGCUUCCUCGCGUGAUUCUUUUCAACAUAUCCUAUGUGAAAAUCUCGUCUGACAAGGGUUUAUUCCUUCAAUGGUCAAUAAUUGAUGAAGAUAACACUCUGUAUGCGAUUCAAAUUAGUAUUUCCGAUCCGUUUUACCUUUCUCCGAAAUUUCGUUCGAAUCAAACAGAAAUCUUCCUAUCCAAUCAGAUCCAAUCGAAUCGAACCUAUCACAUCUGUCUGAUUUUAUUACAUAAAUAUGCACGUGAUAAAUAUUGUCGAGAGUUUUUAACUGAUAAGUUGAUUGCCCUUCUGUCAAAUGAAAUUAUAGUUGAAAAACAACAUCGAAAUACUUUAACAACAAAUUACGAUGUUAAUCUUUACAUGAUGUUAAUCGCCUCAUGUCUUGGCGGAAUUCUGACAUUUCUGCUGAUAUUUUUAUGUUGUUAUUUAUGUUUUCAACUGCAUAAAGUCAACCAAAAGAAGAAAACAGCAAAGAAUCUCUCGUUGUACUCGCGGAACGUUACUAAUCAUUAUCCAAUCUAUCAAUCUCAUUCAACCACAUGCCCAUAUCAUCAUCACGAAAAUCUUUCCAAUUCAACCGAUAGUAGUCAAAUGGAUACAUCGUUAUCGACAACGAAUUUAAAACAUAUCUAUCAAACAAUCGAUAGUCAAGAUUAUACGAAUUUUAAACGUGAAAAUCAAAAUCAAUUGUUUGACUUAUGGAAUGAAUCGUUAAGACAGAAGAGAUAG